AAGGAUUAUGGAGGAGUCCAGAGAAUCCAAACUGCAGUCAUGCUGAGAUACAUGUUGUUGAGCGUGCUGGCCGCCCUGGCUUUGGCCGAGCCCAGAUACCUGGAGGAUCAGGCCGCGGAGAGGGUCGUCGGUGGAGAGGUGGCAAAUCCCAACUCCUGGCCCUGGCAGAUCUCUCUCCAGUACCUGUCCGGUGGCAGCUACUAUCACACCUGUGGUGGCACUCUGAUCAGGAAAGGAUGGGUUAUGACCGCUGCCCACUGCGUUGACACCUCAAGAACUUGGCGUGUUGUCCUGGGCGACCACGACAUCUACAACCAUGAGGGUCGCGAGCAGUACAUGAGUGUCAGCCAAGUCUACGUUCAUCCCAACUGGAACAGCAACAGUGUGGCCUCUGGCUAUGACAUCGCUCUCCUCCGUCUGUCCUCUGAUGCUUCUCUGAACUCAUACGUGCAGUUGGCUUCACUGCCCCCUUCUGGACAGAUUCUGCCCCACAACAACCCCUGUUACAUCACCGGCUGGGGCCGCACACAAACUGGUGGUCAACUCUCUGCCCAGCUGAAACAGGCGAGUCUGCCCGUGGUGGACUAUCAGACAUGUUCUCGUAGUGAUUGGUGGGGCAGCACUGUCAAGAACACCAUGGUUUGUGCUGGUGGCGGCAGUCUGUCUGGAUGCAAUGGCGAUUCUGGCGGUCCUCUGAACUGUCAGGUCAGCGGUCAGUAUUACGUUCAUGGAGUGACCAGCUUUGUGUCGUCUUUGGGUUGUAACACCAACCAGAAACCAACUGUCUUUACUCGUGUGUCUGCGUACAUCAGCUGGAUUAAUGGAAUCGCUGGAUAAGGUGGAAAUAUUCAGACUGAAUAGAUUACAUCCAGCUGUGGGCCUUUAUGUGCAAAUGCAAAAAAUAAACAAACAUUACAUCUGA